GAGAGAGCAGAGGCCAGAGAUGUCCCUAUCCUCGCACUGUAGAGGUUGCAGAGAGAAACAAGAAAGAAUACUAUCCACAUUCAUCUGGCCAGAGAGAAGAUAGAGAAUAUAUAUAUGUAUAGCUCUCCUAUCCCUCUUGGUAGAGACAGAAAGAGAAAACCAUCAAGAGUCCCCUGUUUGUAGAGAGAGAAAGUGUGAUGGAGAACAAAGGGAGCGUGGUGAGUAGGCUUCAAGCAGUGAAAGAAAGCUCAGGGAAAACAUAUACUCAAAUUGGGUGCGAAUUGGGAAUUACAAACGUUUACGCUGCUCAGUUGCUGAGAAGGCAAGCUCAGCUUAAGCCACAGACUGCUGAAUUGAUGCGAUCAGCAUUGCCCCAAUUACCAGAAGAUCUUGUUCAAGAAAUGAUGAAGCCUCCUAUGAGGUCUUAUGACCCAAAUCUCAUUCAAGACCCUGCAAUUUACAGAUUUAAUGAAGCUGUUAUGCACUUUGGGGAGAGCAUUAAGGAUAUCAUCAAUGAAGAUUUUGGGGAUGGCAUAAUGUCAGCCAUAGACUUCUACUGCUCAAUUGAGAAAAUGAAAGCGCCAAAUGGAAGUGAUCGUGUCGUCAUUACAUUUGAUGGCAAAUACUUGCCUCAUGUUGAACAGAGGGUUGAACAAAUGGUUUCACGGGUGUCAAAAUGAAAAGCUUUUGGCGACGCACGGACUAGAUAUACAAUAAAAUCUGUGCUUUCUUGCAUAUGUCUGGCAUUCUAUUUGCCAUAGUGAAUAUGGAAGUGAUUUUUAUGAAUGUGUGUAUUUUAUAAACUUUUUGCCCUGUAUGGAUCAAAAUAAAGAUCCUACAACUACCUAAAUAAAAUGUUUAAUUUCAUGGUUUUGAAGUUCUGCAU